CUACCAUAUUCGCUCCAAAGGACCUGCUUCAACAGAUUCUAUAGGCUGCUUGGCGCAAUGGUAGCGCGCGGUCCUCCUACAAUUGCACGGUUGUAAGACUGAGGUUGAGGGUUCGAGUCCCUUGGUGGUAAGUUACUCUGCGAAUUAUUGAGAUAAAACAGUACUAAUGGGAUUCCAGGUCGUUAAAUGAAUAUGAUAAAUUUUUACUUUUUUGGAAGGUUUAGGACGGAUUUGGAAGGAGGGGAGGGAUUGUGAGUUUGUUAGCCGAGGUUGGAUUUCAUUGGUUGGUUGGUUGGUUUGCUGGUGCGGGACACGUGGGUGGAGUUAGAGACUUAGUGGUAUGUUCAAACGGGGUGGUGAUACUAGGAUGAGUUGUCGAUAGGUUUUAUAUAUUAUAACCAGAUCAACACUUCAACCCAUCCUGAUUUUUGAAUUGUAUGCUUUCACGGCAACCAUGGCGUUCUCAAUGCAUUCCCACUCAGGGCAGUUCUGUCCAGGUCACGCACAAGACGACCUGGAAGAAGUAAUCCUAGCCGCAAUAGCCAGAGGCAUGAAGACCUUCGCCUUCACCGAACACAUGCCACGAGAAUCAGUCGAAGAUCUCUAUCCCGAAGAGGUAGCUUUCUCCUGUCCAGCUUUAUGCUUAUCUAACAUAUUCAGAUUGCAGCAGGUGAUGACACCUCGAGUCAUAUCCCACGUCACUCACUCUUCCUCCUCGAAGCCACACGUCUGCGCACCAAAUACGCCUCACAAAUCCACAUCCUCAUCGGCUUCGAGGGUGAAUGGAUAAGACCCUCCUACGGACCAUUCAUCACAUCCUUCGCCUCCUCUCCUGUCGUGGAUUUCUUCAUCGGGAGUGUACAUCACGUGCACGGUCUCCCAAUCGACUACGAUAAGAAGUUCUACUCUGAAGCCGUUGCGAGAUCGGGCAGUGAGGAGCAGUUAUUUGUUGAUUACUUUGAUCUGCAAUAUGAGAUGCUUGGGGAGUUGAAACCGAGGGUUGUUGGCCAUUUUGAUUUGAUCCGUCUACUGGCUUCGGAACCGGACGCGGAACUGGAAAGUAUGGGGAGUGGUAUUGUGUGGGAGAAGGUUCUGCGGAAUUUGCAGCGGGUGAAGGAGCAAGGUGGUUUGUUGGAGGUUAAUAGUGCGGGUCUGAGGAAGGGAUUGAGGGAACCGUAUCCGGGGAAGAAAAUAUGUGAGGUGUGGAAGGGGAUGGGUGGGAGGUUUACACUCAGUGAUGAUAGUCAUGGUGUUGUGCAGGUGGGAACUAAUUAUCUAAGGAUGUUUGAGUUUUUGAGCGACCUGGGAGUUGAGGAGGUUUGGACGUUUGAGAGUAAAGAGGGGGAGAAUGGGGGGAAGAGGGAGUUGAUGUACAAGAUGGUUGGUAUGGAUGAGGUCAGGGCGUCGUUUAAAGAGUAA